AUGGUGCGGAGCGAGAAAUGCCAAAAACUGGCUGGGAUCCGAUCAAAGUCGCCACCCUCUGCCCCGCUGCCAACUCAUUCAUUCUUCUUCGGUGUUCCCGCGCUGCACAAAAAACGCAAACCCCCGACGAGAACCCCACUCCGAAUGAAGGAGGCGAAUGGCCAUUACGAAUGCCGAAUGCGUUCCCGGGCGGCGAUUUUUUUGCGCCCAGUUCCGCACUCCGUUCUCCCACCCAACGCACAUCUAGAUAUUACGGGUGGAGGUGGGCGAGACCCAGGGGUGAGGGAGGUAGGGCGAACAACAAAAAAACACCCAGCGCAAACCUGUCAAAACUGUCGAGAGGUGACUGAGAUGAAUGCCCGCGAAUGCCAAACGCACACAAGGCCGAAUGCAAAAAACAGCGCAAAAAGCACUGGAGGGAUAAGGAGCAGAAAAACCAGCAAAAAAAUCGUAGAAAAAACGGGACGAUGUUCGAGACCGGCUGGCUGAAAAGAACAGUCAGUGGAAAAUGUGCUCCACGGCAAUAAAUUGAAAGGAAAAUGAUGAUUGAAAGCAAUAUCCUUUUUCUGCUAUACUCGGGGAGAAAGGUCACCGACUCCGUGCGCUCACAACAACUUCGGCCUCAAAACAAUUUUCAAAACAACGCCUUAUAGCUCAAGAGAAUUUACCCAAGAACGCCCAUUAAGACCCCCGUGAAUUUCUUGAGAUUCGCAUCUUUCCGUGAUGCAAUAAAUGCUUCGGCACUGCUGCUGCCGGUAUUGCGUCAUCGCCCCCGACUGAACAAAUAUCUCAGCUUAACGAGAUCUGUCGUCCCCGAAAGCUCAAUGAUCUCUGAACGCGGGUCAGGGCGCAAUCUCGCGCGCUGCAGGUGCCUAAUGCGUUCGUUUCGCAACAGGAGGAAUGGGGGUCACACUGGGGAAACAUACGAGAAGAGGACUACAAAAUUAAAAGUAAUGUGGGCUUUACGAUUAGAUGAGUAUUUUAUGACUGAUUAGCAUACAGAAACAGCAGGAGACUUCAGUAUUAUUCAGCAUCAAAAAUUAUGGCCCAAUUUCGAAACCUUUUCACGCGGGCAAAGACUUUCGCUUUUUUUGGACUCAACAUCAGCGAUUUCACAACUACGACAAUCGGCGAGGAGCACUGACAGCAAGAGAAUAACAAUCAAAAAUCCAAUAAAAAAUUCCAAAAAUUUCUUGCGUAUUUCUCAAAUUACAAGAGACAAAAAAAUGUAAACAGUCUCGGAAAGACAACAAAAAUAAUGGGAAGUCGACGUUCGAGAAGCAGAAUUUUCGAUUCUGCACAGCUUUCAGAGCCAAGCGCAGAUAAAAAUUUUACAGUGCGUUCGGAAUAAAAAUGCUCAGCCCCAGACCAUGCAAUCGAGACUGACGAUGGAGGACUGGAAAGACGAAAAAGUUGAAAAAAUGGAUGGAAAAGAAGGAAGACGGAACGGCCGGAGCAAAAAGGGAACGGCAAUGCAAAAAGUUGGAACGACCCCUUCGUCUUUGCGCCGGCCUUCGCGUCCCCACGCCUUCUUUUCCCCCCGUUCGGCUGGAGCGGCGGCCGGCCGGCCCUGCACCCGACGAUCAGGGACGGCGAGGGAACAGGAGGGCGUGAGGGAUGAAGAGUCCGUGAUGAAAAAACGAUAUGUCCCCCGGUCCCCACCUUCACUUUCUCGCUUCGUCUUUUUCGCUUUCUUUUUCGCCACGAAUUUAAGGCCUUCACAAGCGGGUGUGCUGUGAACAGGCUAACGGCGUCCAAAAAACGAGGCAAAAAAAGAUAAACCGGCCCAGACAUUGGCGAACGCCAGCGGGAUUUUCAGCGUGGCCGGAUUUUCAGACAGGCCCGAUUUCACAUCGUCUUCAGGUCAAAGAAAAUCGCAGUCUUCAAAAUUGAAGUAAAAGCAAAAAGGGAAAUGCUCAAUUUUUUCCAGCGAGGGCAGGAACGAUGUGGUGUUGGGGGUUGGGAUGAGAAGGGGGAACGUCUGAAAGUGUUCCGACCCGAUGCCAAACAAAAAAAUGUGGUUUUGUCAGCGGCGUUGGGGGAGGCCGUCUAA